AUGCCAGACCGAAACAAGAAUUUGGCCCAUUCUUCAAUCGUGUCAGAAUUGGACGGCAAUGAAAUUAUUGAAGUGCUGCAUCCACAAAAGAACAAGUUGUUGAAGCUGUGCCAGGACAACCCACUGACUGUGGUUGGUCGACGGAAACAGCUGGUGAAAAUCCUUACGCUCACGUUGCUACCCAUCCUGGCACUGCUCAGCUUCGCUGUGAUUGACCUGAAUGAUACUCUACAGGAUAUGUCUGACGUGGAAGAGACUAUAUCUGCUGUCAAGGUGAGCGUGGAACUGGGAAAGUUUCUCAACCGAAUCCAGCGAGAGCGAGAUAUGUCCGUUCUGUACUUCAGCAUCCUGGGCCCCCAGACGAAGACUUUCCUCCUGAACGAAUACCUCCUCACUGACCAGGCCCUCAAUGAGCUCUCCACCUGGCCCCUGACCGCAGAGAAGACCUCCGUUCACCACUCCAAGAGCAAACUGCACUACUUCCUGAACCAGCACCGACAGUCGCUGAACCAGAAGGCCUUCGCCAUAUACGACGAGAUCGAGUAUUACAACUCGCUGAUCGAGCCGUUCAUCGAGUGGUUCUACGACGCCAUCAGUGAGUCUAAAAUGACCUCCAUGUGGAAGAUCCUCGUCUCGUACAACAAGAUCGUCACUAGCAUGGAGCAGAUCGGGUUGGAGAGGGCCCUGGGGGUCGUCUUCUACGUCAACGGUAGCUUCCCGAACCAGAAGGUCUACGAGAGCUACAACCAGAACGUGAACGUCUUCAAGUCCAACUACCGCUCGGCUGUCUCCUAUUGGAAGGAGAUCGAUGCCAUCUUCCAGAAGGGCGUGUCGAAACACGGGACCAACCUGACGGCGGUGAUCGAGAAGUUCCGCUACGAGAUUCAGCACUCGGUGAAGAUCAAGCCGUCUGUGCUGAAGGCUCAGUGGUGGUUCGACAACAUGACGCUGUAUCUGGACAGUCUGCUGGUUAUCCAGGAGGACCUGGCUAUAGUGGUCAAUAGCCAGCUCGAAGCCAGCAUUGACGGGGAAGAAAGAAAACUCAUCAUCUGCGUCAUCAUCCUCGUCGUGGUGGGCGUCGUCUGUCCAGUGGUCAUCCUAUUCGUGCGAUCCCUCACCGCCGACAUCCAGCGAUACGCCCAGACGUUGGUGUCCAAGAUGAAAAGCUUGCACAAGAAGAUGAAGAUAACCGAGAGUCUGCUGUACGAGAUGGUGCCCAAGUCGAUCGCCGACAAGCUCAAGAGCGAUCGAAACAUAGAGGCCGAGUAUUUCAAAUCCGUGACGAUUAUGUUCUCGGAGAUCGAAGGCUUCACGGAUAUCGUCACGGUUUGCACGCCUUUCGAGAUCGUCCACAUUCUGAAUCGUCUGUACACGGCGUUCGACGAGCAGCUGGCCAACCACGAGGUCUACAAGGUGGAGACGAUCAACGACUCCUACAUGGUCGGUGGGGGUGUUGUUGGGGUUGGGUUUUUUUUUGUAUUGUUGUUGUUUUUUGUUGUUUUUUUGUAUUUGAAGUUCUCUUUGUGUAUUUUAGGUCUUUCUAUGCGAAUUAAAGAGAAGCAUGCAUUUGAAAUAGCCAAUCUCGCCCUCGAUUUCAAAACUAUGAUUCGUCAACGGCAUUUUGUUGCUCACGGAGAUAGAUGCAUCGAGUUGAAGAUUGGUAUCAACACUGGCCCCUGCAUGGCUGGUAUCGUGGGAACCAUCAGGCCAAGGUACUGUCUUUUCGGCGACACGGUCAACACAGCGUCCAGAAUGAAAAGCUACGGGAUGUCUGGGAAAAUCCACCUGAGUUCGAGUACGUUCAACAUAUUAAAGAAGAGCAACAACGUCUUCAAUAUGACUGCCAGGGAUCCCAUCCUCAUCAAGGGUAAAGGCAUCAUGCAGACGUACUGGUUGGACGGACACUCCACAAUUGGAAUGCGAGAUAACAGCGGGGAUGCGACUUCCCAGCAAGAAGACCUUUAUGAUCUUGAUGUGUAA